AUGCAGUAUUAUGUCAUUUUCAUGAACUGUCUAUCCGUAUUGGGUUUUAUUGUUUUAACUGUAUCUAUCUACUUGAUGGUAUUCGUACCAUGCAGGCUCAAUUUCACUACUCGUUUCGGUAUGCUCGGUCAUGCAAUCACCUCUGGGAUUUGCCAAAUUUCAUUAACUCUUGGAACGGUUCCAGUGUUUUUACUACCAUGCCCAUCUGGCUAUCCAAAUGGCAUUUUGACAUAUAUGGGCAUGACUACGAAAAAUCAAGCAAUAUUGCAAAUUAUAUUAUUGUUAGUUGUGGGAUGGUUUGUGACCUAUCUCUCAAUAAUCAGAGUAUUCGCAUUCACGCUAAAUAUAACUAGCAAAUGGAAAAACCGUCUGUUAAUACUGUUUUUCGGCUAUCUCAUCGUACACAUUUUCCUUUUCCUAUAUCUAUCAGUGAAUGCAGUAGAAUUUGGGAAGGAAGGCCGUGAGCUGUGCAUAAAGAAAUUCAAUUCCAUACCGCCACCAGAAAUAUUUUUGGAUAGGACUGUGUUUUUUGUACUUGAAAAAGACAUUUUUUUAAUUCUGCUAAUGUGCGAUAUCCUUGUCGCCGUGCUUACAAUAGGUGGCAUCUCUAUAGUGGCUUGGAUAAUGUUAUUAUAUCAUUUGAAAGCACAAGCUAGAAGUACAACGUCCAACAAAUUCAUGAGAUUUCAGAAGAAUUUUACUCUCGCUAUACUAUUUCUGAGUAUGAGUCAUUCUUUCGGACUGUUUGUCCCCGCUUUAAUGUGUUUGGCCUCUGUCGCUUUCAGUACUCCCAUUCCUAUUAUAUCGCAUUACAUUUUUCUUUCACUGGGAAUUUAUCCUUUAAUGGGAGAUAGUGUCAUUUUAAUUGCAACUCCGCCUUAUAAGGCAAGACUAACCAAGAUGUUGAUGGCUGUUACCAAUUUUUUCAAAACGACUUCAGGAUCGAAAACAAACGUGAUCUAUGCUGUUUGA